GCAGAUUAGUGUCUGCAGUUUGCUGUGUUUGUUGUAAGAGAAAUCGUAGUCUUUCGUAGUUGUACACUUUACUUAGAAUUUGUAUCAAUAUGCCUGAAUUUUAUAAAGUAGAAAUCAAUAGAACAGAAUGGGAAGUCCCCGAAAGAUACCAAAUGCUGACACCAGUAGGUUCUGGAGCAUAUGGCCAAGUUUGUUCUGCUGUAGACAACAAGUAUGGAGCUAAAGUAGCAAUUAAAAAGUUAGCUCGCCCAUUUCAGUCAGCCGUCCAUGCCAAGCGAACAUAUCGGGAACUCCGUAUGUUGAAGCAUAUGAACCAUGAAAAUGUUAUUGGACUACUAGAUGUUUUUCACCCUUCCACUAGCCUAGCAGAUUUCAGUCAAGUGUAUCUAGUCACACAUCUGAUGGGAGCAGAUCUCAACAACAUCGUGAGGACGCAGAAGCUCUCCGACGACCACGUGCAGUUCCUCGUCUACCAGAUCCUUCGAGGCCUCAAGUACAUCCACUCGGCAGGAAUCAUUCACAGGGACCUGAAGCCGUCCAAUAUUGCGGUGAAUGAGGAUUGCGAGUUGAAGAUUCUGGAUUUUGGACUGGCUCGGCCGACCGAGAAUGAGAUGACCGGAUACGUAGCAACUCGGUGGUACAGAGCACCUGAGAUCAUGCUCAACUGGAUGCAUUAUAAUCAGACUGUGGACAUCUGGUCGGUCGGAUGUAUCAUGGCUGAGCUUUUGACCGGAAGGACCCUCUUCCCUGGGACGGAUCAUGUUGACCAUUUAACCAGAGUUCUAGUGCUGUGUGGUACGCCUCGCCCGGAUACGGUGGCUAAAAUAACCAGUGAGGAGGCCAGAAAUUAUAUCCAGUCGCUGCCUCCCCUUGCAAGGAAAGACUUCAACGUUGUGUUCCGAGGUGCUAAUCCUGAAGCUAUCGAUCUGCUGGAGAAGAUGCUGGAGUUGGACGCAGAGAAGCGCAUCACCGCAGAGCAGGCUCUGGCACACAAGUAUCUCGCGCAGUACGCAGACCCCAGUGACGAACCUAUCAGUCCGCCAUACGACCAGAGCUUUGAGGACAUGGAGUUACCCGUGGAGAAGUGGAAAGAACUAGUCUACCAAGAAGUAACAAAUUUCGUCCCUCAACAGCUUCCCGCGGCCGCUCAACCCGCUGAGACUUAAGAUCAGUCUCGUCUCCUUUGACCUGAACCGUCUUAGAUAACAAAUUUGUGAUAGCAGGAGAAUAUUACUUGUGUUGUCUGAUAGCUGUUUAAAACUUCUAGGAGUUUUUUUUUUAUUUAAUUUAAAUUAUUGUCAAAUUUUAUUCCAAGUAGGCCUAUUGGAAAACUAAUAACAAUUAACAAUGUUUGCAAUUGCAAACAAACUUUGAAUUUACCUGGUAGGCUGCUUUCAAAUUUUAUUUAACGUAGUUAAAUUUUACAUAGACCUUUUGUUUAUCAAUAAGGAAAUAUAAACAUUAAACUGACAAAUUUGUUUAAAAUAAACAGUUAUCAGACAUAAAACGGCGCAAAAUUCAACUGCAAGUGCUUUAAUAGUUAAGGAUUGAAAUAUAGGAUAACAAUAUGUAUAAUUAACACCACUAAAAUAUUUUUUUAUUUGAGAUUAACCAUUAACAAGCGAUAGAUUUAGAUUUAUUUUGAUCUAAUCCUUUUAGCAACCUUUAACGUUAGAAAAAAGGUUGUAUUUUUGUAGUACAAAUUAUUUUAACAGAGAUUUACUUGGUUGAUUUCUUAAUUUGCUUCUUCGGGAAGGAUUAGAGUUGUACUUUAUUUUAACACUAAUUUUAUUUAUAUAGUUGAAAUUUGUAAGAGUUUAAUCGUAAAUAAUUUUUUUUUUAAUAGUAUGUGUUUUACUAGCAUUAUUUGCAAAUGGCUGCUAAUGUACUUUGGCUUAGUCGGUGGAAUGAUAUUUUUAUUUUAAAUUCUAGCUAAGAAAAAAAUUGUAGCAUUAUUGUCGGUUGAGUACAUUAAUAUUUCUUAACAUGUAGCUGAUUAAAUUGGUCCAUUAUUAUUAUACCUAUAGUUAUGUGGUAUUUGUUAUUUUUUUCUUUCAUCUGAUGAAACUCUUUUUACUAAGUAAAUAAUUUUUUUUCCAAAAGUUCAAUCUUUCUGUGUCAAAUAAUGAUUACGUGAUACAUUAUGACUAAAUACCCAAUGGGAUGCUGUAAAUAUUGAUAUCUUUAAGGGUUUUACAAACUAUUUUAAUUUUUUUUUUGUAAAUUAUAAAAAAAAAUGUUGGUCUCUUAAUGAAAUUAUUUUAGUUCAUCGCCUGCUAUACAUACCUUCAAUAAUAUUCUGCAAGUCUAAAAGGUAAUGUUUUCCUAAAAAGAAAACUUGAAAUCUAAACUUCAAAUAGUAAACAAUUACUUAUAAGUUAUUUUCUAAAAUUGUAUGAAAUUUUAUAAAUCUUAAUUUUUUUCUAUUUACAAUUUAAUUUUUAUGUUUACAUACAAAUUUGUAUAAAACCUUAAAAAUUUGUUCUAAGUAGAGGGCGAGGGUUUAGAAAGAACUUGUCUUUAACCUAAAAUUUAGUUUAAUUGUGAAUUGACAUUUUAAGAUGGUCCAUUUUACACUAUUUUUUAGGCUCUUUUAAACGUACAUCCUAAAACAUAGUUUAAAACAUUAAUUUAUUUGUUAGGGAAUAAUUGUAUUUUGUGUUGUAAUUACCUAGAGUUUACUUACAUUUAAUUGAAAAUUUGUGUGUGUGGAAUUCAUCGAUGUCUAUAUCAGUUGUUGUUUUAGCUUUUUAGGCAAAUUUAAGUGUCUAUUGUGUCUAUUUAUAUUCAUCACUUUUAAAGUUCCUUUUCAAGAUCAAAAUGUUAUAAAUUUUCUCCUGCUCAUAUUCGGUUUGAUUUUAAAGGACGUGUUAGAUUAAGUAUAUUGCUCAUUUCAGUUCUCGACUUUCUUUAAGGAUUAACAUUUGUCUAGCAGUUUGAUUUGCUCAUUUAACCAUUCCACCAAAAUAUUUGGAUACCAAUAUUUCUAUAGUGUGGAUUAUAAUCAAUCAACUGUCCAAGCCAAGCUAUUUUGUAGCACUUCCAUGUCAAAAUGUUGAAAGACACAAAAGUUAAGUGAGAUUUUUCAGUGCAAUGCUCUAGUAUGGUUUUGUUAUUGUAAAUAAACGUAAUUAAAUAUUAUUGUUGUUAAUCAAA